GGGGUCCUCUCAGGGCUAGGGGGGAGACGCUUGGCGAGGCCAAAAAAUAAAAAAAAGGACGAGGCCGUGCUGGCGGCUGAGGGGACGAGGAGGAGGAGGCCUAGGCCGCCCCGCAACGCCCCCCCAUCCCCUCGUGGGUGCCUCCCCUGGCCCACCCAGCGCACCCUGAGGAGGUUUCUCCCUCCUUCCCCGCUUCUCCGCCUCCCUCCGAAGGACGCCGUUUCUUGGCACAAAUCUCAGCCCCUCCUAAGGCGGGGGGACGGGGGAGAAGAGGAACGACGCCUAAAUAUACAUUGUUCUAAUUCUGUCGGUGUUUAAUUGUGGUUUUUAAAACGGUUUUCUUCCUUCUCUCUCCCUACCUACCUCCCCCCCCCCCCCGCCUCUAUGAUUGCUUUGAGCUCUUUCUGUUUUGUCUGCAAGCCGCCUGGAGCUCCUGCCAAUGGGGGUUGGGGGUGGAGACGGGGAUCGAAAUAAAUACGAAUAAGAGAUGGAGGCUCCCCAGACCGACAAAACAGGCACGUGUGCCUGUUUUGAUGGAGGGUUUGGGUUUGGGGAAAAUAAUGCACUGCCGACACUUUUCAGCAUGCCACCUGUCUGUGCAUGGCGAUAUUGGUUUGCAAGAGGGGAGUGGGUAUGGGGUCCCACUACCCCAGCUCAGGGGAGAAGCAUCUGCUUGGCAUACAGAAAGGCCCAGGUCCAGUUCCUCCCCAGAAUCCUGGAGGGAUGCUGCCAGCCAGGGUAGAUAGCACUGAAGCAGAUGGGUCAUUGAUCUUGCUCUGUAUAAGGCAGCUUCUGAUGUUCCUAAGGUCCCAGGUUCAACCUGUGGCAUCUCCAGGUAAGCCUGGGAGAGAAACACUGCCGCUGCUAGUCAGUGUAGACUGCACGGAGGUAGAUGGUGCAUUGGUCUGACCCUGCAUAAAGCGGUUUCCUAUGUUCCUAUACAGUGGUACUUUGGGUUACAUACUUAAUUUGUUCCGGAGGUCUGUUCUUAACUCGAAACUGUUCUUAAACUGAGACACUCUCUCGCUAAUGGGGCCUCCUGCUGCUGCCAUGCCGUCAGCGUGCGAUUUCCAUUCUCAUCCUGGGGCAAGGUUCUCAAGCCGAGGUACUACUUUCGGGUUAGCGGAGUUUGUAACCCGAAGUGCUUGUAACCCGAGGUACCACAGUAUGUCUUUGGGUGAAUGGAAGGACAUCUGCUUCGCAUGCAGGUCACAUUGAAUUAAACAGGACUUGUUCCUGUACAUGUGUGUAUAAUUCAUGUAAUGAAUUUUGGAGUUGACCCAUUUUUUUGAAAAUUCGAUAAUAGCCGUAUUUCCACACUCUCCUUUCCCCAUGAUUUGGUCUGGUGGUCAUGUUUAUUUGAUAACCCAGGCGAACAAACCCACAUUUAUUCAGUGUGUGUGUGUGUGUGUGUGUGUGUGUGUGUUUCCCUUCUGGCAAAACUAGAAAGGACAUGCUAUCUUUCCCUGAGUCAUAAUGUUGGUCCAUCUAGUUCAGUAUUGUGUACACUGACUGGCAGUGGCUCUCCAGGAUUUCAGAAAAGAGUCUCUCUUGGCUGUACCUGGAGAUGCCGCAGAUUGAACCAGAGAUCUUCUGCAUGCUGCACCACUGGCUCACCCCACAACUCAAUGGGAUUUACUCCCAGGAACCAGCGCAAAGUAUAAUGUGUGAAUAUUACUGACAUCAUGACAGCUGUUAGACAGAGAAAGGGAAUAAAAGCCACAGAAGUUCCAGAAGAGAGUGUAUUCCACGAGAAGAACUGGAAACUUAAUGGGAAAACUCUAGCUGAUAAAUAUUUAUUAGAAGAAUAUUCUGCAGGUGGAAAAUUGUGGAAGAAACUUUCACUCAUCGUUGGUGGAAUCGUUGGCAUAUCUCUGGGAAUCUUCACUUCUGUUUAUGUUGCUACACUACAUGAAAAUGAUCUAUGGUUCUCCAACAUCAAGGAGGUAGAGCGGGAGAUUUCAUUCAGGACAGAAUGUGGCCUGUAUUACUCUUAUUACAAGCAGAUGCUACAAGCUCCAUCCAUUCAACUAGGUUUACAUCGCUUGAUUUUUGACAAUAAAACUGAGUCCAUGAGGACAAUUAACAUACUUGAAAGAAUGAAUGUUUACCAAGAAGUCUUUCUCAGCAUUCUGUAUAGGGUUUUUCAUAUGAAUAAUUUUUUUGAACCUGUUUAUUUUUACAUCUACACGUUGUUUAGCCUUCAGGCAGUCUAUGUUGCUGCUCUGUAUGUGACCAGCUGGCUUCUCAGUGGAACUUGGCUUUCAGGUGUAUUAGCAGCCUUCUGGUAUAUUACAAACAGAACAGAUACCACACGGGUGGAAUUCACCAUUCCAUUAAGAGAGAACUGGGCACUACCAUUUUUUGCUGUUCAGAUAGCAGCAAUUACAUUCCUCUUCAGAUCUCAUCUACGACCCACUCAUGAAAGGCUGACACUUCUGGCAGUAUUUAUUUCAACCUUCCUCUUCAGCUUGGCUUGGCAGUUUAAUCAGUUUAUGUUGUUGAUCCAGGCAUUGGUUUUGUUCACACUUGACUGUCUUGACUUGCUUCCUAGAGGAAAGGUGACCUGGAUCUACAUAAUACAAGUGGCUAGUUUGCUGCUUGUUUGCCUCCUACAGUUCUUUAAUUCCAUGAUAGUGGGAUCAUUACUUAUAAGCUUUAAUUUGUCCACCUUGUUAGCAAGAAAACUCCAGAAUAACCUGAAAACUGGUGGCUUCUUUAGCAGGCUUGGGAAGCUCUUCAUUCAUGUACUCUUAGUGUUAUGCUUGACAUUUCUUGUAAAUAAUUUUAUUAAGAAAGUUCUUAAUCUGGAGUCAGAUGAACAUAUAUUUAAAUUUCUGAAGGCAAAGUUUGGAUUUGGAGCAACAAGAGAUUUUGAUGCUAACCUGUACCUGUGUGAGGAAGCUUUUGGUCUCUUGCCUUUUAAUACUUUCACAAGACUUUCGGGCACUUUAGUUUUCUAUGCCUAUGUAUUUGUGCUCUUGGUGAUGACCAUAACAUCUGCUGUGGUUGCUUUUCAAAAUCUCAGUGGCUCUGUGAACAACAAACCUGCGGAUAAACUGCAAAAGUGCAUAACUCUGCUGAAACCAGGUGUUGCUUACAAUUUAGUGCACACCAUUCUGUUUGGAUUGCUGGCUUUGAGCACAAUGAGGAUGAAAUAUCUUUGGACAUCCCACAUAUGUGUGUUUGCAGCUUCUGGUCUGUGCAGUAGUGACAUGUGGGGGCUGAUCUUGAGAUUUGUCCAUCUUUACACACCACAAAGGGUUUCUGUGAUUAGAUAUCUGACACCAGUACUCAUAUUACUGUAUCUUUGUUACAAGUUCUGGCCUGGUGUGAUGGCUGAGCUAUCGGAGCUGAGGGAAUUCUAUGACCCAGACACAGUGGAGCUGAUGAACUGGAUUAAGUCUAACACCCCCAAGAAGUCAGUGAUUGCUGGAAGCAUGCAGCUCUUAGCAGGCGUCAAGCUGUGUACAGGAAGGAUUUUAACAAAUCACCCCCACUAUGAGGACAAGAGCCUGAGAGAAAGAACAAAACAGGUUUAUCAAGUGUAUGCAAAAAGAUCUCCUGAAGAAGUCCACAGGAUCCUCAGAUCUUUUGGGACUGACUUUGUGAUCUUGGAGGACAGUAUUUGUUAUGAAAGAAGACACAGCAGGGGCUGUCGACUGCGUGAUCUUCUGGACAUAGCAAAUGGCCAUACCAUGGAUGGUCCUGGGGAAAAUGAUCCUGAUUUAAAACAUUCGCCACAUCCUCGCUUCUGUGAGGAAAUCAAACGAGACCUGCCUUCAUACACAAUGUAUUUUGCUAAAGUAUUUCACAACAAAACGUUCCAUGUUUACAAGCUCACUAGACAUAAAAAGACUACAUAGCUUUGCUGUGACCCCAGCAGCUCAUGCCAAGAGUUUACAGAAACGGUUCAUGGGGCAGGGUGGAAUCAUUGUACACUGGGUUAAAUGUUUUACCUUUUAAUUACUGUGAUCAUUAGAAAGGGUUUGUGCUGAUAAUGUUUUUGUGUGUCCAGAAAGCUUUUCUAGACUACAGAAGGCUGGUUCAGAAAGGGCUCUGGUGCAGACGCUGUACAAGUGGUGUGGUGCAAGCUCCACCCUGACAUCUUCAGUGUCAUGUGGGAGUGACUCUUUUGUGAAGCAUGAUGCCACAUCCCCCAUGAAAACGAUGCUCAACAUACAGAGAAGGGGGGUGGAGUCUGAGACUUAGUCUCACCUGCAUUGCACUCAAAGCAUACUUAUCCAGGACCUCUGUGGACCAGCUGUUGUGUCUUUCCAUCUACUGCUAAUCUAGGGGAGUCUGCUCAGGGUUCUGGCUUGCUAACAUGAUCCUGUUGAUACCAUUAGUGUCUUCUUGUUGCUUCUUCGGUUAUUUUCCUUAGGGUGCUUGGGAACACCAAUCCAAAACAUUUACUUGGGAGUAGUUUCUCCAGAUUUUUCUUGGUGCUUUUUCCAUGGUUGCUUAAGAAUCACAGACUAAUGUUCUGAUGUCUCAGCCCCCAACCCAGAUCCCAGCUGCCAAAGUGCUUAGGGUGUAUAUACCAGUGACCUUUUCCUUUCCUAAUGCUAGGACUCAGAUGUGAGCUCUGUAAUAGCCAUCAGCAAUGCAGUGCUUUUGGUAACCUUCCCUUCACACGCACACCCUGCUCUGCCUCGCUUCUCUCUCAGACAGCACAGCUCUGAGGAUACUUGGCCCUCAGCUGACAAGGAUGGAGCUGCCAGUCUCUUAGCAGCCACUGUGCAGCUAAGGGCAAAGUAACCCAAGAACAUCCCUGCGUACAGUUUUGCUCUUAGCAGGAACUAAAAAGUGAGGGUUUUCCCUGGCAGGGACAGCUGUGCUGUUCUUGCCACAGCAUUGUCUUUGUGCCAUUGCUCAUCCAACACCGGGUCCUUAAUUUUUGCUGCAGGUUGAUCUGCCCCAAAGCAAAGCUCUGGGACUAGUGUGGGUGCUGUUGCUGAAGACCAUAGUCCAGCAAAAGGCUUGCGUCCGUCAUUUGAACAUUGCCCCCCUUCCUCAUUGUAUGGUACUUCUCAAGCUCUCUUGACUUUCAAACACUUGUUGCUCAGCAUUCCAUUUGUAAUGUUUAGUGGCUGCUUGUUUUACCUGUGAUUCCACACUUGAUGACUGAUUUUUGUGUGUGGUUUUCAAACUUCGAAGACUGGAGCAUGUUGGGUUUCUUCGUUUUUCUUUUGAUAAUGUAGCAUGUUGUGGCGUCCUGUAUUUCAACCUUUCAGAGGAGCUUUUACAAACAAGCAAAAUGCCCUCCAUGUCCCCUCCUGAAUAUUACAAUGUUCAAUUACUGUAUUCUGCCCCCCCCCCAGUGUGUCUUUUUAAGUAAGAAUACCAAACCCAAGCUAAACACUGUCAUGAGCUUCGUUAUUAAAAGUGGUAGGAUAUAUUGUGCUUUAAGGGAGAUUUUUGCUUUAUUGUAUGUGACAAGUAUUUACACGAACCAUUUCCUCUCAAAAAUCCUCCCCACCCCUUCAAUGUUUUACCCCUCCUCACGUGGGCAAAAAAACCACAACCCCAUGAAUUAUGUUCCUUAUGCUGAAGCAAAUAGAUUUCACAUUUUUGUACUUUUAUGAAGACUAUCAACUUUAUAAUGCUGUGCUUUUUUAUUAAAAAAAAGUCACUGUGAUGUUUUUAAAGCUAAUUUUAACAUUUUUAUAUGAGACUUAUGGCACGGUUGGUUUGGAAGUAUAACUUUCCCAGUCAUUAACAAGUAACUUGGCAGCUGUAGGCACAAUCUUUAUUAACUUCAAAGUCCCAUUCAAAUGAAUGGGAGUUGGGCAAGGCCACAAUCCAUCUCAUUUUUCCCCUGGUGUAAUAAUGGCCAGUGUUCACUUCUGGUGCAAAAUCUGAUGGUAAUCAAGUGCCUCUGAAAAAAACAUCAAUAGGAAGCAUAUUUGGCCUGCUCAAAUAGUUCACGUAAGAAAAUUGUUGCAAUUAAUUCCUAACGAUGAGAAACUUGCAGAGCAUCAGCUAGCCUCCCCCACAUUUAAUUAAAUCAAGAUGUGUAAUGAGAUUAAAGUUCCCCAACUGAGCUAUGUUCCAGUUCCCAAUGAUUUAAACACUUUUCCCCUCUGCAUUUGUUCCUUGGUAAAUUACUGCAGGGCUAGAUACGGUUCUGUCACCCUCACACAAAAUAAUUUUACAUUUAGGCACAAGUGUUCAUUAAAUAACAUACAGGAUCCUUCUGCGCUUUCAUCCCGCCACCACCAAAAGGAAAGCAGACUUUAAUCAGCUCACACUUAAAUCAAACCUGGAGGUGAGCCAUGGCAGGAUUUUUUUUAUUUUUUAUUUUUUUUAGUGAGGAAGUAAAGCCCUUGAAUAAUUCCUACUCUGUUUCCCUUAAUGAGGUUGGAGCCCACUGCCGCUUCAACAUAAUACAAUAAUAAAACAUUCUAAUAAGUAGUAAAACUUUAAUUAAGCCUGUAGUGAUGUGUGCCCGAUCUUGCUGGGAGCCUGGGUCAGCAGAUUCCUCGCUGGUAAUGCUGCAUGCUAAUUCAGGAUAAGCACAUCCCAGGCACGGUGGAGUGAGAUAAGGUUGCCCUGUCCUUUGGAGGCAGUGGGCAUAAUCGGCUGAGGAUGCAGGCGCUCAGGGCCACUUUGCCCAGAACAUUAUGCACCUGUGUCCCAAGCAGCCCACACAGCCACAGUAUAUCAGGCCUCAUCUUAUUUUAAGCCUUAAGCUCGGCCAGUGUGGAGGAGCAGGCAGAGAUAUGACAACCUGCAUGUGGUUCUGAGGUCUUCUUGCCACUGUCAUGCCAUAUGCAAAACGGGGCAUGGCCAGGUGGGCACUUGAGGUGCUGGCAGCUCACCACUCUAGUACCUGCUGCUUAACUUCAGCUUCCCCAGCAAGAAUUCUGAUAGCACUGCUAUCUUUUUUUAAAAAAAGAACAACACUGACCCAUGCACUGUUUUUCAGUAUUCCCAUGUCACAUUUUUUAUUACCAAAUAUGUAUGAUCAAAUAUUGCCAUCUUAGAAAUGCAAGCUUUUUUAAAAAAACAAAAACCUGGAGCUGUCAGUUGCCCCACCCUACCCACCCCCCCCGACCAAGCCAAAUCUGCCCUUGACUAUAACAAAACAGUGUGAGAAGGCAAUCUUUUUUAUUGGUCCAACUAAAAUACUGGAUGCAAGUUUUUGGGUUGCACAGAACUCUCUGGUGGGCUUAGUGUGACCUUAAGAGGGACAUAGUCAGUGGAGGAGGAGGAGGAGAGAGAGAGAGAGAGAGAGAGAGAGAGAGAGAGAGAGAGAGAGAGAGAGAGAGAGAGAGAGAGCGCUGCUACUUGGGCCAUUGGAAUGAUGGAGCUGGAGCUGCAUUAACGGUGUUAAAGGGAAAUUUCCUUUUCUUUGUAAUGUGCCCGAUACCUGCAAAGCAAUUUCAGGGGUCUGGGUGGCUUGGUAUUGUUGUGGGAAUGUUGUAGGCAUCAAGAAUAGCCUUUUAAGAUGCUGGGUGCCAAAUCGUUUUUGUUUGCUUUGCUCCUGUAGUUAUCAGUACUUGAGGGCUGUUAGAAUGUGCCAGGGGUCCUUUUCCUGUCUAAUAUUCCUUCCUUCCUUUGCACCCUUUCCAGUCAUGGAGGUGUAACCCCCCCCAACUUCAUUUUAAGUAAGGAAGGAGGAGGUUCAGAAGUAAACAUUGGCCAGUAGUACCGGUAGGUUGGCUGGCGAGUCCCCACCUCAUGCCUUUUGUCUGCGAGCACUCAAGGAUAUAGUGCUGGCACCUUUUUUUUUUCUAGAAGAAAAGCACUGAUUUAAAGUGUGGCAUUUAAUGUAACAGCUUCAUGGUGAGUACCAGCACUGUUUUACUAGAAGAAAAGCAAUUAUCCCUCCCCCCCUCCUUACUUGAACAUGCACAAUCGGAAGACAGGUCUGACAACCUGAAAAAGCCCCAAUAUCAGGGAUUGUGGAAUAAAUCCAAGCAGCAGGUGGUGAAUGACACAAUCAUCAAAGGAAGUUUGAGGGACCCUUAGCAAAUAAGUACAUGGGGAGUGGGAGUUGGGAUUGGUAGGGAACAGAACUGUAGAAAGCUGAAUUCAGAACCUUGCAGGCAUUUGCCCUGUUUCUCAGCAUGCUGUGGCUGUGUGGCUUCCUUUUACAGUCCAAGGGUCACACCUUCCCUUGGCCCCCACCCUUUGGGGGCUGCAUGCCAUCAGUUAGCAUGGCCAAAACUGGGUGCAGCCACCACACACAAAAGCAGGAACACACACAGGCACAUAGCCCACCUGCCUCAGCUGAUCCAUGAAGAAAGAGCUAUCAUCUCACCACUCAACAAAUGAUCAGUCUGAUGUCUGGGAACGGCAUGAUUUACAUCGCCUCCAAGGUCCUGGGCUCUGCCCAGCCUGUGCUGUGUACAGCCAGCUCACAACGUGUGUGCAUUUAACUUGCACAAUCGCAGCUUUACGCUCUUGGUGGCUGGCCAGCACAGUGUCACCCAAAUUAAACACACACAAGGUAGAGAGCUUAAAAGCUGUUUCCGCAUCACGUUUUCCUGCUGUGGAAAAAGCUUUUAAGGUCUCCACCUUGCUAUCUGGUUCUGGGAAGGCCUCACAUUGGCUCUGGGAGGCUCCAGUGAGAUCUCAGGAGCCUCCCAGAGCUGGUAUGAGAGCCUCCCAUAGCCCGUUAAGCAAGGCAAAGAGCUUAUAUACUCUGCCUUGCUUGAGUGGCAAGGCUCACACUCAGUGUGCUGGCUCCAUGGUUGCAUGGGAGUGGUUCUGGCGUUGUUUUGGCUACACACGAUUUUGGCUUUACACACAGUCUCCAGAAUCUAACUCCCAUGCAAGUUGUGAGUCAUCUGUCUUUAUUUUCACUUUUCUGCUGCAACCAAAACUGGAGAAGUGGGGGGGGGGGUGUCCCCUGUUUUGAGGGAAGCAGGUCAAGCCCUUGAACCUGGGGUUAGAAACUACAGUAUAGGAGGCAACUGUAGGAGGGGGGCACUGCUGUAGAAUUCAUAAGCUGCCAAAGAUUCAAGUCUAGCCGUGAGCUAGUUUAGCGACAGGGCUAGUUCCCAUUCUGGGAGCAAAGAUUGGGGGUUUUCAUGCUGAUUCAGGUCAGUUUUUCUUCUUCAGUAUUGCAUUUCCUUACCUCAGGCCUGUACAACUUAUGACCCACCAAGCCAAGUGUAACUCACCAGCCAUGCCUAUUGGCCCACCAGAUGAUCAGCAAAUCUGCCUGUCUUUGACUACAAACCUGAGCAGGACUGGGUGGGGGGAACAUGGCUGAUGAAUUGCAUUUGGUGAGCUGGCCUGGGAGGGCCUGCCUUUAGCACGUGGGAUGAGAAAUCUGUAGCCCUCCAAAUGUGGUUGUACUCAACGUUCAUCAGACCCAUCCAGAGUGGCCAGUGUUUGGCAAUGAUGCGCCAUGGAGUCCCAACAAGUGGAAGGCCACACGCUAGCCAUCCCCGUUCCUCACUGUGCCAUCUGUAACAUUCCGCUACCAAAUGCAUGCCAAAAAAAGUUGUUUUAUUAUUAAACCUGAUCCCCUUCUCACUUGCAAGAAACACUUGCAUCAACCUGCAAGCUACUUGCAGUGCAAUCCUAAACCAUGUUUACACAGAAGUAGAUCCAACGCGGAUGUCCAGUGCAUCUACUUCCAAAUUCACACCCAACUUGUUGUCGCCCUUGUCUGCUCCUUGGCCCCUUAGUGUGGAAGAAAAUGUUACUCUACAUUUAUACAGAAGAUAAGUUUUCUAUACAGUCAUGGUCAAAGUGAAAUUGUCAGUCUGUGGAGCUAAAAAGUCAAAAGGAGGCCAGUAUGAACAUGAGGAAACACACAUCUUCAAAAAUUUUGCUGGUUAACACUUCACCGUGCUGGCAUUUUAUAAGAUGCUGUACUGAGAUGCAUGAAUAUUGUCUUCUAAAUAAAGUUUGAUCUGAAAAUCAAAACCUGUCGCCUUCUGUCCUUUUUAAGGCAGCCAUUUAAAAACAUGCUUCUCUUGUUGUUGCUCACAUCCUCUGUCAAAAGCAGCUCAUUCUUCUUCCAAAAGAAGCUUUUUGACCUUGUCUUAAGCGCCUUAACAUGCUGAAAGGAGUUAAUAUUUAUUUAAAUCAUCUUUGGGCUUUGACAGCUUGUAAGAGUAGCUUUUAUUGAAUUUCCAAGUUAAAUGAUUUAGCAGCAGCAUUUUUUUUCCCCUGCCAAUGCUGCCUGGCGCACUUAACUUUUGUGAGGUUAGCAGCUUGUCUGAGGAAGUUAUUUGGAUAGCGUUAAAUAAAAGUUGCUUUCUGAUCCAUGGGGAUCCGUUGCUGAUUUUUUCCUUUCCUCCUAAUGGUGAAUUUCUCAAUAGUUUUGAAACUUUAUAUGAUAGAAAGAAGCAGGUCUCUUGUCAGGGAAGCCCAGCCAAAAGUAAUUGCAUGUGGCAUGUGGCCUUAUUUGAAUUUCGAAAGGUUGGACUAGGACAAGGGUUUAAAAAUACAGUAUUGCUGAAAUCUCAUGGAUAAGCAUGGCCUGUCUUCAGUCAAAACCACUGCCUUGUUUGACUAGUAAAGUGAGUAAAAGUUUGUAGUGUAAAGCAAGUGCAAGCUAGGAACUCAAACUAGAUUGGGUUGAUGACAAUCUAUGUUGGAUGUAAUUGCUUCAGGAAACCUAUUUCAGAAAUAAUUGAUCUAGUAUGAGCCUCUGUAGAGCAGCAGUAUUACUCAAGAGCACGUUUACUGUACCGUCAGAAAAGCUGGCAGUGACCCUUUUUACAUGCUGCUCCAGAGGUGGAGGUUGGGAGGUUACCUGGAAAGUAAAGGAAAUACAAUAGCUUGGGGUCCAGGGGGGUGACAAUAAGCUGUUGCAGUAACCAUGGGCUACUGUGGCUAGCACAGCUCCCAUCAGGGAGCUGUGCUAGCUACAUCAGGUGAAGGGAGUGGUCUGGUUACUAAGGUGUUCAUAUUAAAUAAAAUGCAGAUCCAUGAAGCUGAGCUAGCUGGAGAAACUUCAUCAA